AUGAAGAAACUUGCAAAAGCAACCAUAAUCACAACAGGUUUAGCAGCACCUGAGUCUGUUCCCUGUGCAACCUAUUGUGUUCACCCCAGAAUUCAAAUACAGCGGCUUCAUCCUAUGAAUGAGCCUUCAUCAGAAAACGUAAGUGUAAAAAUACCUGUGUCGUACCGGCUGUCUCCUGAUGUUCCUUCAGCAAGAGGCUGUAGAUCAGAACAGGUGUUUGUUGUAAGGCAGGACACAGUGAUGUGCAAUUUCCAACUAACUGAUAAUAGGAAAGCCCAGAAACACGCCCCAGGGGGCUGGGGGCGUGAAACGCGCGCUAGCCGGAGGAGAGGUGCACGCACUGCAGCUGGAAUCUCCGACUGGGGCAAUGAGAGCUCAUCACCGCUCACCUGGCGGUGGGGCCGCUGCAGGUGCGCCUCCUGCAAAGCCUUGAGCUGCACGCGCACCCGGGGAAGGACGCGAUGUUGUGGCACCUGCGGCCAAUCCCUGCGCCUGCGCUUACUGUUUUUUUUCCCCACUUUUAAGGCUUAUCAAGCCCUCAAAGCCACUCAGGCAAAGCAGGCACUUUUGGCAAAGAAGGAGCAGAGGAAAGGAAAAGGGCCCAGGUUUAAGCGAUUGGAAUCAUUCCUACAUGAUUCCUGGCGGCAGACCCGUGACAAGGUGCGUGUCAGACGACUAGAAGUGAAGCCUCACGCCUUGGAAUUGCCAGAUAAACAUUCCUUGGCCUUUGUCGUAUGCACUGAAAGGAUUGAUGGUGUGAGUUUACUGGUGCAUAGAACCAUUGCAAGACUUCGCCUAAAGAAAAUUUUUAGUGGUGUCUUCGUAAAAGUCACUCCCCAGAACCUAAAAAUGCUGCGUAUAGUGGAACCUUAUGUGACCUGGGGAUUUCCAAAUCUGAAGUCUGCCCAGGAACUCAUUUUGAAACGUGGACAAGCCAGGGUCAAGAAUAAGACCAUCCCUCUGACAGACAACACUGUGAUUGAGGAGCACCUGGGGAAGUUUGGUGUCAUUUGCUUGGAAGACCUCAUUCAUGAAAUUGCCUUUCCGGGGAAGCAUUUCCAGGAGAUCUCAUGGUUCUUGUGCCCUUUCCACCUCUCAGUGGCCCGUCAUGCUACCAAAAAUAGAGUGGGCUUCCUCAAGGAGAUGGGCACAUCUGGCUAUCGGGGUGAGCGCAUCAGUCAGCUCAUCCGCCAGCUGAAUUAGCACCAGGUGAGGCAGGGCUGAGAACUGCUCUUGGACUGAAUGUGGGUGUGCCAUGCCUUGCCACUUUAAAAGUUCUUUUUGCAUUUACUAGUUAUUAAGAGUAACCUUGAGAUUGGGAGGAAAGAGGAGGCGGGUACAAGUAGUUGGAGACCUGGGUGCAAUGAAUGCCUGAUUGGGACAUGGGGCUAUGCAUAGCCUAGGAGUUAUAGGCUUAAAAAUGUCAAGUAACUAAAAACUGUAUUGCUGUAGUCAUUUAGAUGGAAAUUAGGAAAGAAUAACUGAUUGCAAAAAGGACUUGAAGAUGUGAAUUAUCUAUUUUGCUGAAGAAAUCUUAACUCUUUGAAAUUACAUUUUAUUCCUGUUGUUAUUACUCUAGGUGCCAAACUGCAAUAAAUUUUUAUCAAUGAAAAAAAAAAAAAAAAAGAAGCUGCUUGGAGCCCAGAGAUGAGGGUUCUGAGGCAGACUGUGUGUGGGUUGCAUUACAAAGAAGACUGUGAUCCAUUAGCCAUACCUGGCCUGGCAAUGCACGUUAGAAGUGUCUGGAAGUAGGGUUUUGGGGGAAUGGGCUCAGAAAGGGGCAAGAUUUAUGUUCUAUUCCUGCCUUGGGUGGUGGCUUGGUUCAGCUACCCAGGCUGUGUUGUCUCACUGCCCACGCCUGAAUCCCAGCACUUUGGGAGGCUGAAGCAGGCCGAUACCUGAGGCCAGGAGUUUGAGACCAACCUGACCAACAUGGUUAAACCCUGUCUCUACUAAAAAUACAAAAAUUAGCUGGGUGAGGUGGAACAUGCCUAUAGUCCCAGCUACUCAGGAGGUUGAGGCAAGAGAAUCUAUUGAAACUGGGAGGUGGAGGUUGCAGUGAGCUGAGAUGGCACCACUACACUCAAGCCUUGGUGACAGAGCAAGACUCCAUCUAAAAAAAAAAAAAAAAAGGCAUUCAAAGAAUAAUGGGACAUGUCAAUAGAUAAGAGGAGCCAGCUUAAAGGGGCUUCCAGUAGUGAAAUCUGGGACAAUUUGAUCAUUAGCAUAAAUAAUCAGGGCAGUCUACCUACUAAACUACAGGCGGGUGCCAUGUCAGCCGAUAAGCAUGUCCAGAAGGGACCCCCUUAGUUGAAAGGCAUCGCAGACCUCAGUGUGACCAAGCAGAGGAAGAAAAAGAAGGACAAAGACAAGGCAAAAUUCCUGAAAGCCAUGGCAAUGAGCCAAAAAUCAAGGGGGAGAAGCAGCACAGCCUGGGCAAGUGGGCCCCAGCCCAAAUGGCCUUAGAAAGAUGCAAGAGAGGCUGGGCACAGUGGCUCACACCUGUAAUUCCAGCACUUUGGGAGGCCGAGGCAGGAAGAUCACGAGGUCAGGAGAUCGAGACCUUCCUGGCUAACGCAGUGAAACCCCUCCUCUACUAAAAAUACAAAAGUUAGCUGGGUGUGGUGGUGCAUGCCUGUAGUUCCAGCUAUUUGGAAGGCUGAGGCAGGAGAAUCACAUGAACCCGGGAGGCAGAGGUUGCAGUGAGCCGAGAUCGUGCCACUGCCCUCCAGCCUGGUGACAGAGGAAGAUUCUGUCUCAAGAAAAAAAAAAAAAAAAGAAAGAUGUCCUAGGGAUCUUGUCCUCCUUCUCUGUUAUAGCUGCAUAGUCCUCCACUGUGUGAAUGUAACAUGGUUGAAGUGCUCUCCUAGCUGUGAGUGAGCAUGUAGGCUGGAGACAUUACAGCAAACAAUGUUGCAAUGAAUCACCCUGUGCAUAUAUGUUUUCAUAUUAUUGAAGGUAUAUUUUCAGGGUAAAUUCCCAGAAGUGGAAUUGCUGAGUCAAAGGAAAAUUAAAGUUUAGUUAAGUGACUCUUUCUCCACUGCCUGCCCAGCGCAAUGUGUGGUCAGACUUUUGAAGUUUUCACCAAUCUGAUGUGUGAGAAAUGGUACCUUACAGCAGUUUUGAUGAGCAUUUCUUGUAUUGUGAGUGAAAUUGAACAUAUUUUCAUAUGUUUAAUGGUCAUUUUGCAUAUUCAAAAACUUAUUUGUUGGGUUUUAUAAUUUUAAAGUUACAAAGAGAUCGGGGAGGAUUAGAAGACAUGGCUGAAGUCAUCAAAGGAUUCUGAGUCAAGCGAUCAUGUGGGGAAGGCUCCAGAAAUAGAAAUGACAAUUUUAGCAUGGGGAGAUGUGUCAGAGACAAAUGUGAGCUCUUCUACAAAUGCAGCCUGAUUUUCUUUUUGAAACUUGAGUGUACAGACUGUAUUGUUCCCUUGUAUUCCUCAUUCAGUUCUUCCUGCAACUAUUCUGCCAUUUGACACUGUUCUCAUCUUGUCUUUCUUAUUUACUUAUUUGAGAUGGAGUCUCACUCUGUUGCCCAGGCUGGAGCUUAGUGGCAUGGUCUUGGCUCACUGCAACCUCGGCCUCUUGGGUUCACGUGAUUCUCCUGCCUCAGCCUCCCAAGUAGCUGAGACUACAGGUGCCCACCACCAUGCUCAGUUCAUCUUGUCUAUUUUAGACCAGUUUGAUGCCUCACUGAAGGUUUCAUUGAUGUGUUUUAUCUUUAAUGUAUUUGCCAGUUUAACCAAUAUGGUAGGCAGAAUAAUAUCGCCUCUUCACCACUCCCAGAAAUGUCCAUAUCCUAAUUUCCAGAACCUGGGAAUAUGUUAUAGUACAUGAAAAAGGGAAAUUAAGAUUGCAGAUGGAAUUAAGGUUGCUAAUAAUCAGCUGACCUUGAGUUGAGAGCUUGUCCUGGAUCAUCUGUGUGGGGGAAAAUGUAAUUACAACAGUUUUUACAAGAAGGUGGAAGGUAGGAGAAUGAAGUCAGGUUGAGAGAUUUUUUUUUUUUUUUUUUGAGACGGAGUUUCGCUCUUGUUACCCAGGGAGUGCAAUGGCACGAUCUCGGCUCACCGCAACCUCUGCCUCCUGGGUUCAGGCAAUUCUCCUGCCUCAGCCUCCUGAGUAGCUGGGAUUACAGGCAUGCGCCACCAUGCCCAGCUAAUUUUUUUGUAUUUUUAGUAGAGACGGGGUUUCACCAUGUUGACCAGGAUGGUCUCGAUCUCUUGACCUCGUGAUCCACCCGCCUCAGCCUCCCAAAGUGCUGGGAUUACAGGCGUGAGCCACCGCGCCCGGCCGAGAGAUUUGAAGAUGUUAGAUUGCUGACUUUAAAAAUGGAAGAAGGAACCAUGUGCCAAGGAGGGAAGACAAACUGGAAAAGAAUGUAGUCUCCCCCAGGGCCUCCAGAAGAAUCACAGACCUGCCAACACCUUGAUUUUAGCCUAGUCAGACCUGUUUUGGAUGUCCAUCUUCCAGAACUGUAACAUGAUAAGUUUGUGUUGUUUUAAGCGACUUAGGUUAUGCAUUAGAGCAGCAACAGGAAACUAAUACAGGUGACAGGUGCCCAACAUUUUUCUGUAUAGCCAGUGUGCUCCACAGGGUAGGAAAGGGUGGACGUGUCAGAGAUCCAUUGAACUCCCACAAAAAGAAGUCUGUAGAUUAACAAGGACUAUAAGGAAGGAAUACUGGUGAAGUAGAAGUGGAGCAGCUGUAGAGGGUUGAAAAGACCCAUGAGAGAAUGGUGUCCAGAAGCCACAGGAAUGGAAAACAUCUUAAGGAACAUGACAAUCAGAUAUUACACAGAUCAGACAUAGGAUGAAGCCCUUAUUUAUUUAUUUUGAGGCAAUGUCUUGCUCUGUCACCUAGGCUGGAGUGCACUGGUGUGAUGUCAACUCACUGCAACCUCUGCCUCCCAGGUUCAAGCAAUUCUCCCUGCCUCAGCCUCCUGAGUAGCUGGGACUGCAGGCACCUGCCAACAUGCCCAGUUAAUUUUUUUUUUUUUUUUUUUUUUUAGUAGAGACCAGAUUUAACUAUGUUGGCCAGGCUGGUCUCAAAAUCCUGACCUCAGGUGAUCUACCUGCUUCAGCCUGCCAAAGUGCUGGGAUUACUGGGAUGAGCCACCGCACCCAGACAGAUUUAACAUUUUUAAAGAUUUGACAGUGAAUGGAGGAUGAAAAGGCAGUAACUUGAGUGCAAGGUAAAAGUAAGUUUUUUUGGUGGUUCCCCACCCCCUCGCCUUUUUGAGACAGGGUAUCACUGUCUUCCAGGCUAGAGUUCAGUGGUGCAAUCAUGGCUCAUUGCAGCCUCAACCUCCCAGGCUCAAGCAGUCCUCCCACCUCAGCCUCACAAGUAGCUGGGAUUACAGCCACACACUACCACCCCCUGCUAAUUUUUAUAUUUUUUGUAGAGACAUGAUUUCGCCAUGUUGCCUAGGCUGGUUUUGAACUCCUGACCUCAAGUGAUUUGCCCUCCUUGGCCUCCCAGAGUGCUGGGAUUGAUUACAGAUGUGAGCAAAACGUCAUGCCUGGCCAGGUGUGUUAUUUUGUUUUGAUUUUACUGGAGGAAAGUGUGGAUUUUAGGAUAUUUGAGCACAGGUGAAGAAAUUCCUGGAGAGGGGAACAGUGAAGAUACAAAAUGAAUGUGACUCAGCAAAAGACAGACCUGGGAGAGAGGAAUCAAGAGCCCAGGGGUAUUACUGCAGAACCUGGGAAGAUACCUCAUCCUUAGGUCAGGAGAGGAAUCUGUGAGGUUCUUACAUGUCCAGUCUAACUCACUGGCUCAUUUUUUUCUUUUGUGGAAUGAGAAGUGAAGUCAUCUGCUAAGAAGGAGGAGUAUAGACAUGAGUAGGGUGACUUGAGAGUAUCAAGUUUUGGCUUUUGUGGCAGCUAAAGGUAAAUUACAAGAUUUUUUUGUUGUGUUUUUUGAGACAGAGUCUUGCUCUAUUGCCCAGGCUAGAGUGCAGUGGCACGAUCUCAGCUCACCAAAACCUCCACCUCCCAGGUUCAAGAAUUCUGCCUCAGUCUCCCAAGUAGCUGGGACUACAGGAGUGCUACCAUGCCCAGCUAAUUUUGUGUUUUUAGUAGAGAUAGGGUUUCACUAUAUUAGCCAGAUUGGUCUCAAAUCUGCCCACCUCAGCCUCCCAAAGUGCUGGGAUUAUAGGCAUGAGCUACCGGGCCCGGCAAAUUACAAGAUUUAUAAGUGUCAUUGAAAAUCUAGGGUGUUUAACUUUCUCCUGAGGGUAGAAACAGAAAUGCCUGGGAUUAUUUGUACAUUUAACAAAGAUUGAGUGCUGCAGAUAUGAUACAAGGAUAUAAAACAGGUGUGUUGCAUCAAGACACUUAGAGUUAAGGAGAGAUAAAUGAGUAAACCAACAUUAGAGCCCACUGGAAAGGUGCACUUAAUAAUUCUGAGUUGUGGGAAUAGCCUAAUUAAACUGUUACUUAAGACUGGGCGUGAUGGCUCAUACCUGUAAUCCCAGGACUUUGGGAGGCCAAGGCAGGCAGAUCACUUGAGGUCAGGAGUUAGAGACCAGCCUAGCCAACAUGGAGAAAUCUCAUCUCUGCUAAAAAUAUAAAAAUUAGCUGGGUGUGGUGGCAGGUGGGAGGCUGAGGCAGGAGAAUCACUUGAACUUGGGAGCUGGAGGUUGUGGUGAGCCAAGAUUGGACCACUGGACUCCAGCCUAGGUGACAGAGUGAGACUCUGUCUCAAAAUAAAUAAAUACAUAUAUAAAAAUAAACUGUUACUUAAGAAAGAUUGUCUCUAUUCUGGAAAUGAUGAGUAGGAAGACAGGAGGAGUGAAGGUGUGGAGGUAUAGAGACCAAUGUGCAGCAUUUUUAGGUAUUAGACACUAUGCUUUAGAUCAGAUAUUGGUGCUUAUCUAGGAAGCCACUUCUUUGCACCCCAGGAAAAUUGCUUGCUAAGCUUCUGUUUUUGCCAUGCUAUGUUAGUGGGGUGAUUGGACAAAGAAGGGCAAGAAAGAUUGAGUCAGUUGCAAAAGGAGUCUUUUUCUACUAUUUUAUCUAAACUUAGUAUCUUCUUUGCUUUCCUGUCAUAUCCUUUGAGAAGUAGGCAAUAACUGGCAAGUUCUCACACCAAUGGUUUGUUAUUCCAGCCAUCCCUAGUCAACUCAUACAAAUAGUUAUCUAGGCACUAGUUCUUAAACUAAGGUGAUGGUGAUAGCUAUGGAAAUGGAGUGGAAAGGAUAGAGGAGAGGUAUGUAGAAGUGAUGGUUGCAGUGGGCCAUCUGGAGCAGCCUUUGAGGAUGCUAGCUACAGUGGGGGAGGCAUAGCCAAGGUUGCAGAGCCCACAGGGUCCAGGCCCCUUGCUCUACUGAGUUGGCAGGGUGGGAACCCUGUGCUCCUGGAGCAGCUGCAGCCAGCCAGCCACAGCUCUGGACCCAGGCAUCACUGUACUCUCAAAAGUCUAGGAAGCCCCUUGCUCCUACAGACUUGGAAGUGCCUUCUCCCUGGCCUUUCCCUACUCCCAGUACUCGCUCUGGUGUGGAACAAAGUUGUAGCUGAGCCCCAGUGCUGUUGCAACCCAGUGGGGGUGCAUGUACUCAGGGCAGUGCUGACACUCCAGCCUCCUGCCAGCCCCCUGCCGCCUGGGUCCCUUCUGGACUUUGGGCACCAAGGAGUGUGGGAGGGGUGGGGGAGGCUGAGGGCAGCUUGGAGGGGGCCUGCAGGCACCCCUCAGCAUGGACAGUCUGGGUGCUGUGUAGAGCAUAUUGAUGGUGGAGGGAGGUAGAUCAGGUUCCUAGGCUGGGAAGGGCAGGUACCCAGUGAAAUCCCACCUUCAAGCCAGGGACAGCCUGAAGGCUGGGGCUAGGCUGCCAGUUCCAGGUAGAGUCCACAACUCAGAGUGAGAAUUUCAUUGAUGAACAUUUGGCCAAUUAGAUAAGGCUUUUUCCAGGCCCAUAUGUAACUGCCCAUGGAUCCAUCAGCACAUACUUCCUCCAUUAUGAGCACAUAAAAACCCCAGACUCAGCCAGACUCACACACUCAAUGAGACAACCUGCCUGCAGAUAGCAGUUACCCACUCUGGGUCUCCUCUCCACUGAGGGCUGCACACUUGAUGUGACAUCCUGCCUGCAGAAAGGAGCUACCCACGUUGGGGCUCCUGAGAGCUGUUUUGUGGCUCAACGAAGCUCCCUUCUGCCUUGUUCACCCUCUAACUAUCCACAUACCUCAUUCUUCCUGGACAUGGGACAAGAACUAGGGACCCACCAAAUGGUGGGACUGAAAGAGCUGCAACACAAAUGGACUGAAGCACUCACCACCCUUCUGCCACUCUUCCCACUUGCCACAUUACAGCCAAAGAGAAGAGGAACUGUGGCCCUUCUGAGAGUCCAGACCUAAGGCCUCUCCAAGUCAGGGCUGUGGCAUGCUAUAACAUGUCACAUAUAACUUUGAGCCUUCGGGAUCACUGGUGCCUCCAGGUUUUUCAGAUGCCACUGUAUUCCCUUCACCCAGAUGCCAGCACCCAAGCCAGAGGCAGGUCAUGGCAUGGCUGGCCCAGCUGUGAGCAGAGUGCAGAUCCCAUGGAAAGUGUGGGAUCUGGGCCAGAGCACAAGCCAAGAGCAGCCCUUUGGGCUGAGGUGGUCAGGUAUCUCCUGUGGUGGGCCUAGGGUGGAGUGAGGCCCUGGAUGGGGUGUCACUAGCCAUGGAGGUCUCCAACUAGCAAAGCCGCACCAAAAAAAUUCCUGUCAGGGACUAGGCGUGGUGGCUCACGCCUAUAAUCCCAGCAGUUUGGGAGGCCAAGGCAGGUGGAUCAUGAGGUCAGAAGUUUGAGACCAGUCUGGUCGAUAUAGUGAAACCCCAUCUCUACUAAAAAAUACACAAAAUUAGCUGGGUGUGGUGGUGUGCACCUGUAAUCCCAGCUACUUGGGAGGUUGAGGGCAGGAGAAUCGCUUGAACCUGGGAGGCAGAGGUUGCAAUAAGCUGAGAUAACACCAUUGCACUGCAGCCCUAGCGAUGGUGUAAGACUCCAUCUCAGGAAAAAAAAAAAAGAAAAUCUUGUGUCAGAAGAACAGGUAGUACUUAUGAUGAAUUAAUCAGUAAAUACUUUUUGAGCACCUGCUAUGUAAUAAGGACUGUGUCUGACAUGUAGAAGAAAGGAAGAAGAGACUGGUGAUGUGAAAUCUCACCCCUGGGUAUUAGUGAGUGAGAAAAGAUUUCUCAAAGAGGAAGUUUCUUGAAAUAGCCAGAGAAUGCUUUGUAGAAGGGGCAUCACUUUAUAUAAUCCUUAAAUAAUACAAAAAUAAGAUAGGUAGCAGAGAGGUUAGAAAGUAUUGUUUAUUUAGUGAAGGAGACAGUGUAUUCUGGUUUUCCUGUGUUAAAUUCUAAAUAUCAAAGAUUGGCAAAAGUAUGAGGUUUAGGAAUCUUCUUCACAUCAGUGGUUGUUCAUGACCUAAGAGUGGAAGAAAGGGUCAAGGGAUUGAACAUAGAAUAGUACAAAACAGAUGAGUCUUAGACCUUCACAGUGAAAUAGUGGAGGAGGGAAAAGACAGAAAUAAGGAGGCCUUGGACUCAGAAGACGACCUUGAGAAGCCUGCACUUCUCAGUCAGGCAAACUACAUGGGAACACUGGUGUGGCUACUCACUGCAUGGCCUUUGACAAGAGAUACAACCUCUGCAAAUCUGUUUUCUCAUUUGUCAGAUGGAAAUAAUUGUUCCUACCUUGUAGAGUUAUGAGUACUAUGUGAAAUAAUUGUUUAAAAAGUCAGUGCCAGCCAGGCAUCGUGGCUCAUGCCUGAAAUUCCAGCACUUUGGGAGGCUGAGGUGGGUGGAUCACCUGAGGUCAGAAGUUCAAAACCAGCCUGACCAACAUGGAGAAACCCUGACUCUACUAAAAAUACAAAAUUAGCCAGGCAUGGUGGUGCAUGCCUGUAAUCCCAGCUACUCGGGAGGCUGAGACGGGAGAACCCGGGAGGCGGAGGUAUGGUGAGCCAAGAUCGCGCCACUGCAGAACAGCCUGGGCAAUAAGAGUGAAAUUCUGUCUCAAAAAAAAAAAAAAAGUGUGAGUUGGGUGUGAUAGCCCACGCUUGUAAUCACAGCACUUUGGGAGGCUGGGGCUGGAGAAUUGCUUGAGCCCAGGAGUUCAAGACCAGCCUGGGCAAUGUAGCAAUAUCCUGUUUCUAUAAAUAAAUAAAUAGUGCCUUGCAUAAAGAAGAUACUUAAGAAAUGGAAAUUAUGGCCGAGUGCAGUGGCUCACGCCUGUAAUCCCAGCACUUUGGGAGGCUGAGGGGGGCGGAUUGCCUGAGCUCAGGAGUUCAAGACCAGCCUGGGCAACACAAUGAAGCCCCAUCUCUACUAAAUUAGAAAAAAUUAGCCAAGCAUGGUGUUGUGUGCCUGUAGUCCCAGCUACUCGAAAGGCUGAGGCAAGGGAAUUGCUUGAACCCAGGAGAUGGAGGUUGCAGCAAGCCAAUCAUGCCACUGCACUCCAGCCUGGGUGACAGUGCGAGACUUCGUGUCCCAAAAAAAAAUUUUUUUAAAUAAAAUUAUUAGGUAUUUAGGACAUGGAGUAAAAAGGAUUAUUCCAAAGAGAAGUUUGACAUUAUUGUCAGAUACAUUUUUAAAGACUGCGAAACAUGCAGCUUCAAGUGAGACUAUCAUGCUUUUUACUUUUAAGAAUGUUAAAUUCUGGGGCUGGGUGUGGUGGCUCAUACCUAUAACCCCAGCACUUUGGGAGGCUGCGGAGGGAGGAUUACUUAAGCCUAGGUGUUUGAGACCAGCCUGGGCAACACAGUGAGACCUCAUCUCUACUAAAAAUAAAAAUAUUAACCAGUAUGGUGGUAUGUGCCUGUGGUACCAGCUACUUAGGAGGCUGAGGCAGGAGGAUCACUUGGGACUGGGAGGUCGAAGCUACCGUGAGCCAAGAUCACACCACCUCAUUACAGUCUGGGCCAGAGACUCUGUCUCAAAAAACAACAAAACAAAAAGUCAAUUCUGAAUGGUAAUUCUCCUAGUUCAUAUAUAUGCUCCCACAUAGUUCUCUGCAGGUUCCCAAGACAGUUUCCUUUAAAACAAAGUAAUGCCUUGCACAUUGCCUGGUCCAUUAUUUCCUUUGCCCUUGGUUCACUUGACCUCUGCUCUGUUUCUCUGGCACCAGGAUUAACCAGUGGGUCCAUGGUUCAACAUGAAAUUCUUCUUACUAUUUAAUGUAGCCGAAUGCUUCUGGUUUUAAAUACUGAGACAGUUAAAGUGAUACUGAAUAGUUUGCUUUUUUGCUUUUGUUGAUACUUGUUUGCUAUGAUUCAUCAGACUCUUAUUACUUUAACGGAUAAACAAGAAUUUCAGCUACAUUAAGUUCUGUUUUGUUUUGUUUUUUUGGUUUUUUUUUUUUGAGACAGAGUCUUGCUCUGUUGCCAGGCACCGGGCUGGAGUACAGUGGUGUGAUCUCGGCUCACUGCAAUCUCUGCCUCCUGGGUUCAAGCAAUUCUCCUGCCUCAGCCUCCCUAGCAGCUGGGACUACAGGCGCAUGCCACCACGCCCAGCUAAUUUUUGUAUUUUUUAGUAGAGACGGGGUUUCACCAUGUUGGCCAGGAUGGUCUCGAUCUCUUGACCUUAUGAUCCGCCCACCUCGGCCUUCCAAAGUGCUGAGACAUGAGCCAGUGUGCCCGUCCAAGUUCUGUGUUUUCUAAAGCAAGACCAGAGGGGAAGGCUUAUGGGAGAAUCAAGAGAGCGAAAGGAAUUAUUACGUAGUGUUUGCUUCACUUUCUAUUCAAGUUUGAAAUAUGUAUGAAUUCAGAUGAAACAAAUAUUAGAACACUUAUGAACAAAGUGUUUCAGAAUAUAGAUAUAAGACAUUUUAAUGUAUCUUUUUUUGUCAUCCAUUAAAAUAAGUGUUUGGCUCAUUGUCUCAGGGUCUUAACAAGAUUUAGGAAGAAACUGAUGGAAACAGUAACCAUCCUAUAAUCUGCCCUGGAGGCUCUGGUGCCAGCCCUGCCUGCUUUCUUUCAGUUCCUUGAAUAUAGUGAGUUUCCUCUUUUCUCUUGGCUGUGGCACAAGCUAGUCUAGUUGGCUGAAAAAUUUUUUUUUUUUUUUCAUUUUGUGGAAUUCAGCUCACAUCUUAUUUCUUCAAGAAAGCCACAGAGCUUCUAGGUCGGAUUACAUUCUCUGGGCACCUUGAGCUUGCUUCCUCAUCGAUACAAAACAUUUUCAUCAAAAUUGUGUGCUCCAUGCAGGAGGGAUAUGUCUAGUUUACUCAGGGCUCUAAGCCAGGUACCAAGAGCAGAGCACACGGUAGACACUCAAUAAAUAUCUGUUGAAUGAAGUCAACAUAUAUUAAGUGCCAAGUGCAUUGCUUCAUUUACUCCUCGCCAUAACCUUUUAGGUAGAUAUCCCCAUUUGCAGAUGAAAAAACAGAUAAGUUGCUCAAGGUGACAGAGUCAACCAAUGACACAACCAGGACUUGGCCAGGUCACUUUGAUGUCAAAGCCAGUGUUUUAUUUUGUCUUUUACUUUCUUUGUUGCAAGCAGUAAUUCUACUGAAAAUCCAGUGUUAUAAGUAUUGUACUAUAUGAUCUCUGACAGGAAAACAGGCAGGGUCUGAUAAAAAUCCAGCGAAAUCCAGAUUUCUUCCUAAAUCUUGUUAAGACCCUGAGACAGGGUCUUAACAAGCCAAAGGCUUAUUUUAAUGGCUGACAAAAAAAAAGAUACAUUAAAAUGUCUUGGAUUUAUAUUCUGAAACAUUUUGUUCCUAAAUGACCUAAUAUUUGUUUCAUCUGAAUUCCAUAUUUCAAACUUGAAUAGAAAGUGAAGCAAACAUUAUGUAAUAUUUGUUACCUAAUAGAGCAGAGGGGAGGGCAGACAGGACCUUAGAUUGUCUGGCCUCUGGCAACAUUAUUUGAGCUCUGCUCAGGCUGUGCCUGAGGCUUUCUGCCCCUAUGAUUUUCCCUGAUUUGGGUUGAUGGAGUCCUUUUUCUGCUUAAGCCUGUUUGGAUUGGAACUCUGUCACUUAGGAUCAAAGGAUUCUUAACUAAUAUAGGAUCUAAAAGACAUUGGACAUGUUUUGCCUUUUUUUCUUCUCCCUUUUUCACAGGCUGAUAUCGUUUCCUCAAGCUCUUUAAAUGAUUAUAAAUGUGUGUUCUCUGGGCCCAAGGAGGGAAGCGGUAACAAGGUGUCAGGGCAGUGAUUAUGAAAGGCGGUUCCUGGUCUGUGGAGUCAGGGCUUCUAGGACUUGCUCAGUUACUUGUGGAAUGACUGUAAGAAACUUCAUUUACUUACUUUUCUACACCUCAGUUUUGCCUGUGAAAAGUGAGGAUGAUAUUUGCCGCACCACUUAGACAAGAGGGAAUUGAUAAGGCUGAGCCUAGGACUUUGCACUUCGGUAUUAUCUUUCAAUGUCAUGGCAUCUCACCAUUUCAACCUGUGGCUUUUCAUAUUUCUCAGUCACUAGACUGACCUAACCAACAGUGAGAUGGGUAGAUUAAGGAGGUUCCUAUUCAGGGAAGACGACAGAGGAAGGAGAUUCAUGUUCCAGAGAGUAGGGAGCAUUAGAUGUGCAUUGAUCCUCACUGCAUCCUUUUCGUGUCCAAGAGGUACUUAAAAUAGUAAGUUUCCUUUCUUUCUGCUCUGUGGAUUUCACAAAUGGGAUCUUUAAACUUGAACUUUUUUGCUUUUUUAAGGUAGCCAAACAUGAUCACAUUGUUGAACUUUUGAACUUUUCAAAACCCAUUCUGAUACUUCCAAGAUUGCUUUGUCUCAAAUCCAUUAUCUGUGUUUAUCGUUGCCUGGCUGUCGAAAGAAAAAUCUCUAUGUUUAAAAAACUAAAAUUUUCACAAUGAAGGAAAAUCCUCCCAGAGACAUUAAGAAAAAGGAAACCAAGCCAGCAGAGAUAGAAACCAUAUUUCUGUUCCUGACAUGAAUGUGAAUUUAUUGGUUGGUUUCAUACUUAAAAUAGUACUUUUGCAAAAUCAUCUCAGAAAAUAUACUACAUUUAUUAAAACUCAUACAAACCAUUGCAGAAAAUAUUAAACCCUCUAACCAACCUAACACUUGCUUUCAGAGGCACUUGUGAUGAUUUUCACAGCUUCCAUAGUUGCAAAGAAGAAAGAAAUCAUCUUGGAAUGGGGUGGAAUUUGAUGAGAAUAAUCCAAAAACUAUUUGUUUACUUCUUUACAGACUCACAGACAGCUUGAUGAUUAGGGGCUCCUACAUAGUACACCUAAUUAUUAAAGGUUUUUCUAAUAAUGGGCUUUUUCAUUGCCCACAAUCUACUAUAUUCAGCAAAGUUUGUGCUAGAUAAUAAGGAAAAUGAACCCAAGAAUCUUAACCGCCUCAAAUAGUUUUAUGGAUAUACUAAAGUGUCAAGUACAAUCUUUAUCUUAAGGCUUGAGAACUGGAAUGCAAGAAAACAAACUUUGGUGGAGUACUGGAAUAAGACAUAAAGCUGGGCAGCACCAGGUGUGACAGCCUUGGAUGUUAAUUCUGAAAGCCAGAAUUAAGAACAACAAAUAGGUUCAGAUUUCUUUUUCAGAAACUUGCGCUAUUUUGGCCAGGCACAGUCUCAUGCCUGUAAUCCCAGCAAUUUGAGAGGUGAUGGUGAGAGAAUCACUUGAGCCCAGGAGUUCAAGACCAGCCUAGGCAACAUAGUGAGACCCUGUCUCUAUACGUUGUUGUUGUUGGUAUUGUUCGUUUGAGACGAAGUCUUGCCCUUGUCGCACAGGCUGGAGUGCAAUGGCACCAUCUCAGCUCACUGCAACCUCUGCCUCCUGGGUUCAAGAGAUUCUCCACCUCAACCUCCCCAGUAGCUGGGAUUACAGGCGCCUGUCACCAUGCCUGGCUAAUUUUUUUUUUUUGUAUUUUUAAUAGAGAUAGGGGUUUUGCCAUGUUCGCCAGGCUGGUCUCCUGACCUCGUGAUCUGCUCACCUCAGCCUCCCAAAGUGCUGGGAUUACAGGUGUGAGCUGCUGCCCCUGGCACCCUGUCUCUGUUUUUAAAACACAAUUUAAAAGCAAAAAGAAAAGAAACUCUGUGCUGUUUAGACUUAGAUUUUUAAUUAGCUAGUAUUUCUUAAUUCAAUGAAUUAUUAAGACCUUUUCACUGCUCCCUUUUUAAAGUCUUCUUUGAGUGAUUUAACUGCUUCUUAUCACCAAGCUCUCAAAGAGAAGAUGAAAUUAAAAUCUGUUGGGUAACCAUUUAAAUAAGACAACUGGGGAGGCCCAUUUCUCUAGGACUCUUCUCUAUAGCAGAGAGCAAUUGCCUUUCUUUUGCCUAGUAAACCUCUGCUCUAGGCUUAAAAAAAAAAAAGAGGCAAUUUGAAAAAAAUUUGAAGUCGAUGAAUAAACUAAGAUUUGGGGAUGAUGGUAGAUGUUAAUUAUGAAAGUUCAGUGUUUCCUUUGAAGAGGGAGUUCAAACUGUUUUUUUUGAUGUGAAUUCUUUGGGUGACGAUAGAAAAUGGCUAAAGAGGAUAUAACAGAAACUGUUAGGGAUGGAAUUCAACUUUACCUAAAAAAGAUUUCAGGCCAGGCACGGUGGCUCAUGCUGGGAGGCCCAGGCAGGCAGAUCACCUGAGGUUGGGAGUUCAUGACCAGCUUGACCAACAUGAAGAAACCCUGUCUCUACUAAAAAUACAAAAUUAGCCAGGUGUGGUGGUCCAUGCCUGCAAUCCCAGCUACUUGGGAGGCUGAGGCAGGGGAAUUGCUUGAACCUGGGAGCAGAGGUUAUGGUGAGCCAAGAUCACGCCACUGCACUCCAGCCUGGGCAACGAGCAAAAACUCCAUCUCAAAAAUAAAAAACAAAACAAAACAAAAAAAGGUUUCUCUUCUCCCAUGUAGCAUUUUAAAUGUAAAACCGAGACUUUAAAUUCUUUGAGCCAUUCAGCUCUUUACUGCCAGCUCACACUAUUUCACAGCAUAUCCAUAGACAUGAGGGCGCACCAACUCCCAGGGCAGGGGGGCCUGGAUGUGCUGCAGCUUCAGCUUAGAGAAGUUGGCUCGCUCCAGGGCCUUCCAGCUCUCUCUCGUCAGAUUGCACCCAUCAAACAGAAGGUACCAGGCAGGAUCCAGGACCUGUUGCCAGAAAGAAUUCCAAGUCGAACGCUCAGCUGCCACAUGCUCCAUGAAAUAAAAAGCCCCUCCCUGAGGAGAAAGAAGGGAAAAAAAAAAAAAACCCACACUUUUCAAAGAUUUUUUUUAUUUCUGCUUUUUUUUUUUUUUUUAAAUUGUUCCCUGGCACUGCCUUGCAAACCUUUGAGAGAACCAUAGAAUUCUGAGCAGGAGACUCACUCCACACUAAGCACACCCUUGAGACUAAAUAACCAUGUUUGUUUCUUUGUUGUUUUGAGACAGUUUUGCUGCUGCUGCCCAGGCUGAGUGCAGUGGUGCGAUCUCGGCUCACCACAACCUCUGCCUCCUGGGUUCAAGCGAUUCUCCUGCCUCAGCCUCCCGAGUAGCUGGGGUUACAGGCAUGUGCUACCAUGCCUGGCUAACUUUGUAUUUUUAGUAGAGAUAGGGUUUCUCCAUGUGGGUCAGGUUGGUCUCAAACUACUGACAUCAGGUGAUCUGCCCGCCUCGAACUCCCAAAGUGCUGGGAUUACAGGCAUGAGCCACUGCACCCAGCCUUAAAUAACAUGUUUUUAACUUUUGUAUCAUUUUCACAAAUAAGUACAUGAUAUGAUUAAUGAAAAUACAGAUACAUCUAAAAUCGUUACUGAAUUCAAGGUAACAUUUUCUCAUUAGGUAAUGAGUCAGUGAUGCUAAAUGUAAAUGACUGCUCGUAGGAAUUAGCAACUGCUGCUUUCAUCAAGGAGUCCUAUAGAUUGGUCACGUAAGGCCAGGCGCAGUGGCUCCCACCUGUAAUCCCAGCCCUUUGGGAGGCCGAGGUGGGUGGAUCACUGAAGUCGGGAGUUUGAGACUAGCCUGACCAAUAUGGAGAAACCCUUUCUCUAAAAGAAAAAAAAAAAAGGAUUCGUCAAGUAUAGGCACAGUAUAUGUUAUUACAUGUUGUGGGUGGGGGGGCGUCUUCAGAAGUUUCCUACCAACUACCUCUGAGGGGAGUAGGGAGAGAGGGACCAGACAGUCACCUCAAAAAAUCUUGGUAACUGCCCCACUCUUCUUGGCCUCCUCUAGCUGUCCUAGUCUUGGCCCUUUAGGCAGAUUUUAGAGACAGAGUUCAGUUUAGAGAUGGAGUUCCCCCAAAUUAUAUGGGUAAGUGCAAGACCUAGGUUAGGAAUAGAAAAAUUGGAAUUUCCUGAUUUAUUAUUUCUUUUUUUAAAAAAUCAGGUCAAGACGCGGUGGCUCAUGGCUGUAAUCCCAACACUUUUGGCCAAGGUGGAUGGAUCACUUGAGGCCAGAAGUUGGAGACCAGCCUGGCCAACAUGACAAAACCCCAUCUAUACUAAAAAUAUAAAAGUUAGCCAGGUGUGGUGGCAUGUGCCUAUAAUCCCAGCUACUCAGGAGGCUCAGGCAGGGAGAAUCAGUUGAUUCUGGGAGGUAGAGGCUGCAGUUAGCCAAGACUGCACCACUAUACUCCAGCCUGGGUGACAGAGCAAGACUCUGCCUCAAAAAAAAAAAAAAAAAAAAAAAAAAAGGAAUAUUUGCAUU